AAUGUGAGCGGAAUAAUAGUAGCCAGAAAGUAAUAACUAUUAUAAGAAAAUAAAAAGGAAGUGCUAAGAUGACCGCCAAGCCAAAGUUUUUAUUGGAGAAGGAUGAUCAUGCUACCAUAGGGCAGGUGGAUGACAAUGAAGUGGAUCGUGUGGCCGAAUGUUUCAAGGGUCGCAGCCUAUUCAUAACCGGAGGCACUGGUUUCUUGGGCAAGGUGCUGGUGGAGAAACUAUUAAGGUCGUGUGGCGAAUUAAAACGUAUUUAUCUGCUCAUACGUCCAAAGAAGGGCAAGGAUCCGCAAGAGCGUAUCAAGGAUAUAUUCCAGAAUGUGCUAUUUGACCAGGUUAAGCAGCUGCGAGGUGAGGAACACAUUUUGCAACAAGUGGUGGCCAUUGCUGGAGAUGUCCUUUUACCUGGUUUGGGUAUAUCAGAGACCGAUUUAGCUACACUACGCAAUGAAGUCUCUAUUGUAUACCACUGUGCGGCUACUGUGAGGUUUGAUGAACCCCUGCGCAAUGCUGUCUUUAUGAACACCCGCGGCACCAAAUACAUGCUGGAUUUGGCUCAAACCCUGAAACAUUUGGAGUUCUUUGCCUAUUGCUCCACGGCCUAUUGCCACUUGCAUGUAAAGACUUUGUACGAGAAGCCCUACGAUCCACCAGCCAAUCCGCAUCAAGUUAUGCAGGCUUGUGAAUGGCUAACCGAUGAAGAAGUGGCCGCCAUAGAGAAGAAGAUUUUGGGCGACAUACCCAAUACUUAUGCCUACACUAAAUCAUUGGCCGAGGCUCUAGUGGUGGAGAAAUUUAAUGAACUGCCGGCUGUUAUCUUGCGGCCAUCGAUUGUCAUACCCAUCUGGAAGGAGCCCAUACCGGGCUGGACGGAUAAUAUUAAUGGACCGACUGGUCUGCUCAUUGGAGCUGGAAAGGGUGUCAUUAGGACAAUGUAUUGCAAUAGCAGUGGCUUUGGAGAUUUCCUGCCAGUGGAUGUGGCUGUUAAUGGGAUUCUCGUUGCCAGCUGGAGGAAUAUUACAGCCGGAACUGAUAGCACAAAUCGUGUGGCUCACAUGACUUCAUCGAAUGACAUUAAAGUUUCCUGGGCCGAGAUUAUUGAACUUGGACGCUGGGUUAUUGAGAAUAAGGUGCCUUUGAAUGGUGUAGCCUGGUAUCCAGGUGGCUCGAUGAAAUCAAACUACUGGGUGCACUACAUCUGUAUGAUUCUGUUCCAAUGGAUGCCUGCUAUAUUUGUGGAUGCCCUGUUGAUAUUGUUACGUUAUCCGCCCGUCUUGUGCCGUGUCCAAAAUCGUAUUACCAAGGGUUUCGAGGUCUUUGAAUACUAUGCCAAUAAUGUGUGGAACUUUGACAAUUCUGAGGCGGUUAAAUUACGAAAACUAAUGAAUAAUAAGGAACGUCGAACAUAUGUGAUCGAAAAGAUCGAGCUAGAUUUGAUUGAUUAUUUUACGAAUUGUGUCUUAUGUGCUCGUCGCUUGAUCCUUAAGGAGUCAGAUGAAUCCAUACCAGCUGCUCGUAGGCACAUGAAAGUAAUGUGGGUGGUGGACAAGGUGUAUAAGGGAAUGUGGCUUUUUGGCAUACUCUAUAUGCUUUAUAGAUGCUUCUUUGCCAGUUAAACUGGAGAUUUUCUAUAGUGCUAAGUGCUUGAGACCAAAACUGAUGUGCCCUUUCCCCUUUACAUGUUUUACUUUUUUAGAUUAUAAGUUCAAUUAGUUCUAAUUGGUGCUGUUGAGUAAAAAUCCAAAAAAUUUGUGCCUUGCUUUUGAAAAAGCAGCGAAAUAAAAUUUUUGGUGUGUUUCAGCUGGUUAAGCUGCAUCCAAUACAAAUUAAA